AUGUUUCGCCAGGCGAGCAGCUGCCUCCGCCUGAGGGCGCCGGCUAAGGCCUCUUUGUUGGUGAGCCAGAAUGCCCGCCUACUGUCCACGACGACCCGGCUCGCCGCCGACGAGAAGCUCAACAAGGUGUCCUCCGUCAUCACCCAACACAAGUCGCAGGGCGCCUCCCAGGCUAUGCUGUACGCUACCGGUUUGACGGAUGAGGACCUCAAGAAGGCCCAGGUCGGCAUCUCAUCGGUGUGGUAUGAGGGUAACCCCUGCAACAUGCACCUGCUCGACUUGUCCGCCUUGGUCAAGAAGUCGGUGGCCGAGGCCGGCCUCGUGCCCUACCGGUUCAACACAAUCGGCGUGUCGGACGGUAUUAGCAUGGGUACCCUCGGUAUGAGGUAUUCGCUGCAGAGCCGAGAGAUUAUUGCCGACAGCAUCGAGACCGUCAUGAAUGGCCAGUGGUACGACGGCAACAUUUCGCUUCCCGGCUGCGACAAGAACAUGCCCGGUGUCGCCAUUGCCAUGGCUAGGGUCAACCGCCCUUCCAUCAUGGUCUACGGCGGUACCAUUAAGCCCGGUUGCUCGCAGAAGGGCGAGGUUAUUGACAUCGUCUCCGCCUUCCAGGCCUACGGACAGUACAUCUCUGGUCAAAUCACCGAGGAGGAGCGCUACGAUAUCAUCAGGAACGCGUGCCCCGGCGGUGGCGCGUGCGGUGGCAUGUACACUGCUAACACCAUGGCCACCGCCAUCGAGACCCUCGGUCUCACCGUUCCCGGAAGCAGCAGCACUCCCGCCGAGGACGAGGGCAAGAAGGCCGAGUGUGCCAACAUUGGCCACGUCAUGAGGAACCUUCUCAAGGAGGACAUCCGGCCCAAGGAUAUCCUUACCAGGCAGGCUUUUGAGAACGCCAUGGUCGUCGUCACCGUUACCGGAGGCAGCACCAACGCCGUUCUUCACUUGAUCGCCAUUGCCGACGCCGCCGGCAAGUGGGUCAUGGAGGAUCUCCACAACAUUGGUGGCACCCCCGCCCUUCUCAAGUUCCUCAUCCGCGAGGGCCUCAUUGACGGCUCCACCAUGACCGUCACCGGCAAGACCAUGAAGGAGAACGUCGAGGCUUAUCCUGACUUCACCGAGGGCCAAAAGAUCGUCCAGGCCCUCAACAACCCUGUCAAGCCUACUGGUCAUCUCCAGAUUCUCCGUGGUACCCUUGCCCCCGGUGGCUCCGUCGGCAAGAUCACCGGUAAGGAGGGUCUCCGCUUCGUCGGCAAGGCCAAGUGCUACGAUGCCGAGGAUGACUUCAUUGCCGCUCUGGAGCGUGGCGAGAUCAAGCAGGGUGAGAAGACUGUCGUCAUCAUCCGCUACGAGGGUCCCAAGGGUGGCCCCGGCAUGCCCGAGAUGUUGAAGCCCUCUUCUGCCAUCAUGGGCGCCGGCCUCGGUAAGGAUGUCGCGCUCAUCACUGAUGGCCGAUUCUCCGGUGGUAGCCACGGUUUCCUUAUUGGCCACGUUGUUCCCGAGGCCAUGGAGGGCGGCCCCAUUGCCCUCGUCAGGGAUGGUGACGAGGUCACCAUCGAUGCCGAGGAGAAUGUCAUGGAUCUUGAUGUCAGCGCCGAGGAACUCGCGAGGAGGAAGACGGAAUGGAAGAAGCCCGAGCCCAAGUACUCUCGAGGCACUCUCAAGAAGUAUGCUUCUCUUGUCAGCGACGCCUCCCACGGCUGCGUGACGGAUGGUGCUGGCCGUCUUUAA